AUGGAGCCGGCGGUCACCAGCAUCCAGGUGCUGCUGCAGGCGGCCGAGUUCCUGGAGCGGCGGGAGCGCGGGGCGGUCGGUCCCCGGUACCCGCCGUGCCUGGCCGAGGCCGAGCACGGCUACGCCUCGCUCUGCCCCGCGCGGUCCCGCCGGGCCGUGGGCAGCGUCAGGUCGGUGCACAACGCGCUGGAGAAGCACAGGAGAGCCCAGCUCCGGUGUUGCCUGGAGCGGCUGAAGCAGCAGGUGCCGGUAGGAGCGGGGCCGGCCCGUUCCACCACGCUGAGCCUCCUGCACCGUGCCCGGCUUCACAUCCAGAGGCUGGAGGAGCAAGAGCUGAGGGCACAGAGGGCCAAGGACCGGCUGCGUAAUCGGCAGCGGAGCCUGCGGCAGCGGCUGGAACGGCUGCUCUCACCCACCGGAGGGGAACGGGCACGGGCAAACAGCCUAGACUCGUCCCAGCUCUCAGAGCCCUCCGAGGGAGAGGAUGCCGAGAUAGAGGUGGACGGUGCGGUGUUCAGCGGGGACCUGCUGCCCAGCUUCUGCACGGGGAGGGACCACAGCUACUCCAGCCCUCGCAGCCCGGCGUCCUGACAGCACCCGCUGCCUUUCCUGCACUGCCUGCCUGCCUCCUCCCUGCCUGCCGCUGCCGGAAACGCAGCCUCCGCCAGCCUCCUCACGGCUGCCCGGGUAAGGGGCCAUGGGGUGGGUGCAAGCACCCGGCUUGGCCCCCCCACAGCUGGGCCACUAAGCGGCACCAGCCACCGCGCUGGGCGCACAGGGCUGGCACGGCACUGUGGCACCCGCUGUGCACCGGAAUGCACUGCAAGAGGUGCUGGAUGAGGGCCCGGCUGUCACAGGGACACCCUCCUGCCGCCCCCUCAUGCACGCCCAGGCAGGCUGGGGGCUGCCUGGCGUGGGUGUGGGGCAGCGCCGCCCCCAGCAGACACAGCUACAGCAGGGCUCUGCCGCCCCUGGAGAGCCAGGAAGGGGAAACGAAUGCAUUAAGCAACCUGCCUUCACACUCCCGCAACCGCCCCCCUCUCUUGUACAUACCUGACACCGUUCUAGUAAAGGCACUUGGUGAAACUCCUGCCUGCGUCUUGCCU